AUAACAGAGAAAUUACAGAUCUGCUUACCUAGUUGGCCUAGUUAACAGUUCGUAAAGAAAUUAUUAAAUGUCAUACUGUAGUUAUGGUUCUGACAUAGUAUGCAAAGUUUUCCAACAUAUCUCUGUUCCAAAUUUUGGGUCGGAUGGGUGCUUUCUGUCCAAGAUAUGGAAUUCUUCUUUGACUGCGGGCUAUGUGAGGCCAAUCGCGUUUUGCAAUCAAUUCUAACCAGAAAUUUUGAAAAUGUUACCGUAAACGUUAGCCAAUGUCCAAAUCUAAGUGCAUCGGAAUAUGGAUUAAUGGACAUAGGUCUUGGCGGUUGUCCAACACUUUUGGAAUUGGGUGGAGCGCCUUAUUUGUUGCCGAAAGUUCAAAAAGAUAAACUUUAUGAUAUUAAAGCUAUAUGCAGAAAAUCUAUGGGUGAAGGAAAAAUAUUGGCAGUGGGAGCUGGUGCCGGUCCGUAUCCAUUACGUAAUACCAAUUGUGAGGGCAUUUUCAAUCUAAGUAUAUCCGCUCAAGACGAAAUAAAAAACGGCAGCUACACUGCAAAAAUAACAGGAUUACAAGAAGAUUGCUUAUUGGAACCAAUACCGGAUACGGAAACACGUUGCGCAUUACUAUUGAAUUUAUAUGUGUGCCGAGGUGAACCGGGGCCAGUCUUAAAGAUCAACUGCAAAAAGCGUACCGGACAUAUGAAUUUUAUUGAAUGCAUACGAAAAGGCUUGUACGAGAAAUAUCAAGACAAAUGUGUGGGUUUGGGUGGCUUAUUCUUACUCAAAAAUGGUAAAGCUCAUCAGCAUGUUAUGCGUGAUUUUAGUCGCAGCCCAAUACAUACGGAGAGUGAAUUAAAUCAAUGGUUAAAAUUUUUUGAGAUGCCUGGAACUUUACACGCUGUGGGCACACUGGUGACGCAUGAGCACGAUUUGGACUUACGUUUACAGCAUUUUCAUUCAUUUUCACGUACAAAAUGGGGUGGUCAUUAUCACUACGACACUACUCCGGACACGAUAGAAUAUGAAGCAUAUUUUAAUGUAGCUGAACGUAUAGUGCGUGUUGACAAGCCGAAGACAACGCAUAAAUUUGGUAGAGAUUAACCAGAACUUUUUAUGAAGCUUCAAGUCUAUUUAAUAUUUAAUAAACUUAUAAUAAUUAUUUUUUUCUUUGUCUUUGUUGAAAUAACUUAUAAACAGAAGCCACAAAAUUCUUUAAUAAAAAAAAAAAAGAACAUCAGACCUAUAAAAUAAAUGCUAUAAUAUUUGAACUUAUAUAUAAUAAGUAGUCAUAACCUAAAAUGUGACUCUUAACAUUUGUAUAUACAUAUAUAAUUACGCUGGUCGUUAAAUUGUAAGUAAUGUCCAUUGUGGUUGAAGAGAGUAAAUAAAUACUAUUGUGGCACAAUAGGGUGUGGCCUUGGCUAUUAUUAUAUUAAUAUAGCUGUUUGUCUUACUCUAAUCUUAGCUCUCAAUCAUUGCGAUGCGCAUGCGCUUUCUCUCCUCUCUUUUUUUCUCCUUCUCUAGAUGUUUGCACUGUAUUGAAGCAUUAAUUGCAAAUACCAAUCAACUUUUGCUUACUUUAG